AUGGGGGAGCGCCGUGGGGAUUUGGGGGGGGGUGGUGGGAGGGGGGGGGGGGCUAGGGGGUUGAGAUUUUAUUCUUGGCGGGGGGGGGGGGGGGGCAUGGGGGGCUUGGGAGGAGGGUGGGGGGAUUGUCUAUCGCUUGGGGGGGGGGAGGGGGGGGGUGGGGGCUGGGGGGGGGGUGGGGGAUGGGUGGGGAGAGGGGGGGGGAAACAGCGGGGAGGGAGGUGGGUGGGGGGGGGGGGGGGGGGGGGGGGGGGGGAAUUGGGGGAUAGGGGGGGGGGGAAUAGGUAUGGGGGGGUGGGGGGGGGAAGGGGGGGGGGGAAGGGGGACAGGGGGGGGGGUGGGGGGGGGGACUCAGGGGAAGGUCGGGUGGGGGGAGGUGGCGGGGGGACGUGGGGAGGGGGUAGUGGGGGGGGGGGUGGGGGUGGGGAGGGGGGGAGGAGGGGACGUGGAGGGAUGGGGGUAGGUGGGGAGGGGGGAGGUGGGGGGGGGGGAGGGAGGGGGGGGGGUGGGGGGGGGGGAGGUGGGAGGGGGGGGGGGGUGGGGAUCUCAGGGGGGGGUUUGGUGGUGGGCAGGGGGGUGGGGGGGGGGGGGGGGGUGGGGGGGGGGGUGGGGAGGAGAGUAGUGGGGGGUGGGAGGGGGGGGGUUGGUCAAUUUAAUGGGGGCGGGGGGGUGGGGGGGCAUACUCUGGAAGGGGGUGGGAAAUGGGGGGGGGGCAGGGGUUAG